AUGUGCGAUUUAAAUGAUAAUCCGAUUAAGUUAAGUGUAAAAUGGAAUGGGAAGGAGUUCGAUAUCCCAGAGUUUUCGCCAUCAGACUCCGUGGCGAUGUUAAAAGUUGCAAUCGAAAAUGCAACUGGUGUUCGACCCGAGAGGCAAAAACUUCUUAACGUGAAAUUUCAAGGCAAAGUAGCAAUGGACAACUGCACUCUAUCUGAACUUAACCUUAAGCCAAAUCUCAAAAUUAUGAUGAUGGGCUCUCUAGAAGAGGCUAUUGCUGGAGCUGUGACGAAACCUGACUGUGGGGAUGAGGUUGUUAACGACUUGGAUAUUGAGGAGGAGGAAGUCGAUGUGGAGAACCAAGAGAUUUACCUAGCGAAGAUAAACAAACGAGUCCGUGAUUACAAGAUCAAUAUGCUGAAUGAACCUCGUGAAGGAAAGAAGCUUCUUGUCUUAGAUAUUGACUACACAUUGUUUGAUCACAGAUCUGUCGCUGAAACUGGCUAUGAACUAAUGCGUCCAUACCUCCACGAGUUUCUGACGUCUGCAUAUGAAGACUAUGACAUAGUAAUCUGGUCGGCAACAGGCAUGAAGUGGAUUGAGGAGAAAAUGAGGUUACUCGGCGUGUCAUCGCACCAGGACUAUAAAAUCAUGUUCUAUUUGGACUAUUUGGCUAUGAUCACUGUUCAUACUGCUAAAUAUGGAACUAUUGAUGUAAAACCACUAGGUGUAAUUUGGGGUAAAUUUCCCCAAUACAGUUCAAAGAACACGAUAAUGUUCGACGAUGUGCGUCGAAACUUUAUUAUGAAUCCUAAAAGCGGGUUAAAAAUCCGACCAUUCAGACAAGCCCAUUUAAAUAGAGACAGAGAUAGGGAAUUAUUGCACCUUUCAACUUACCUACGUGAUAUUGCUCAAUACUGCGAUGAUUUCGAUACAUUGAACCAUAAGAAAUGGGAAAAAUACAAGCCAGAUAAGAAAAUACAAUCGGCUGGCAGCAAACGGAAAGCCGAGGACAGUGCCCCGUCAACUCCGAAGGAAUGACGAAAAAAGUAAAUUGAUAGACCGACAUUGAUUGUGAGAUAUUAUUAAUUAGUUGCAACAGUGAACAUUAAACACCAUAUUGCACAUGUACUAUGGCCACACAAUGCGGUAGACAGUAUGUAAAUUUUCGAUAUUGCUAGUUUAACGCGCACGGAUGAUAGAAAGUUAAAUUUUCUAUGGGAAACUUUGACAGUUUAUGUAUGUCUGAUAAUGCCUACCACUAUAUACUUCCUAAUGUACAUGAUGCCCUAAGAUGCCUGACCCUCCCUAACCGUUUAUUUCUCUUUGAGCAGAUCAGUGUGAAGAAAGAUGUUAAACAAACUUAAUUUUUGAGGUGAGUCACCGGAAGAAAAGCGGGAAAAACUGUUUUACUAGAUCAAACGGUUUAUGUAUUUAGUAUUAAAGAACGGUCUUAUAAAGAUAUACGCUUACGGUUUUGGUUUUUCAACUGAAUUCACAUUUAUCCAAAAACUUGAAAAUUGCCCAACGGUUUAACGACACGCCGCGCCGCCCACUGCCCCGUCAGUCGCCACCGGGUGCUUGUCAACAUCGGAUCUGUGUCAAAUUUUCUCCGCCUGUUCUCAUUUUUCCAUACAAAUUUUAAGUGCGCGAAUUUCGGAACACGAGAGGCGGGUCCCCACACAUCAGCUCCUAAAAUGUAGGUUAGCAU